GUGCAGCACACACUGCAGUGCAGUGGCAGUGGUGAAGACCAAUUGUCGGAAACAGGCGCAUGAUCAGCAAGGAGGAGCAUCAUGGCCUUCCUCUCCUUCGUGGGAAGAACGUUGUUUGUGGCUAUUUUCCUAGUGGCUGCUGUCCAAAAGGCAUCAGAAUAUGGCGCCGACGGUGGGAAAGCUGCAGAGUUGAUGAGGCCGAAGCUUGAUGCUUUCUAUGCACAUGUGCAGUCAAAUCUGCAUGUUGCGCUCCCUGUGAUUGAGGCGAAGUAUCUGCUGGCGAUUGCAAUAGGUCUGGAGUUCUUUGGGGGCCUUCUUUUCUGGUUUGGUAGCAGCCUCGGCGCAUGGCUUCUGCUGCUCUUCCUCGUUUCGGUGACACCCAUCAUGCACGACUUCUACAAUCAAGAUGUUGGGAGCACUGAACAGACAAUCGAACUGAUUCAGUUCAUGAAGAAUCUUUCCUUGACGGGGGCUCUGUUGUUCUUCCUGGGAUUGAAAAGCUCGGUUGGGAGGGCAUCGCGGAGGAAUAGGUCGAAAGUCGUCGCCAAUAAACCAAAGGUUUCUUAGGCUCAAAUAUCCUUGUAAGUUCUAUAGCCAUAUAGGACGGAAGGAAUAGCACUUUCGACACCGUAAAGACCUCACAGGUAUGGAGAGGCCGUCAGGUAAUGACAAUCAAGUAAGAGUCGGCGGUGCACUAGCCAUAAGGCCCAGAAAACACUUAAUGCACAUCUUAAAAAGUUAACGGUCAGCGAAGGCUGAUCAUUGGGCUUUUGCUCACUCUCAACCAGGCUCGCACAGAGUCUGUUGCUUAUACUACAUCCUAGUUCUUGAAUUUUCGAAGAGUGUACUGUCAAGAAGAUACCAAGACGUUCUGUUCAUUGUUGCCCUGAGCCACACUACUAUACUUCAAGUAGUAAC